AUGUCGAAGAAGAUGAUCGUAGUGAAGACCUCCGAUGAUAAAACAUUCGAGAUCGACGAAUCAAUCGCAAUCCAAUCUGAGACGAUUGCUCAUCUCGUUGAAGACGAUUGCGCCGCAAACGUAAUCCCUCUCUCAAACGUCACAAGCGAAAUCUUCUCGAAAGUUAUUGCGUAUUGCGGGAAACGCGUCGCUGGUGGUGGUGAUCCCGAUACUUCUUCCGAUGAGGCUAAAGAAGAUUUGAAGAAGUGGGAUGCUGAGUUUAUGGAGAUGGAUCAGUCUAUGAUCUUCGAUCUUAUUCUGGCUUCGAAUUACUUGAACGUUAAGGGUUUGCUUGAUCUGGCUUGCCAAACUGUUGCUGAUAUGAUCGCUGCUUGCAAAUCUGCAGACGAGAUUCGUGCGAAGUUCGAUAUUGAGAACGAUUUUACUCCAGAGGAAGAAGAAGAGGUUCGUAGAGAGAAUCAAUGGGCUUUUGAAUGA